AUGCCUCUUACGAAAAGACUGCGUUCUUUAACAGAGAAAAAGAGUAAUGGUCCAAAGACAAGGCCACUUGAUGACUUCAUCAUUGUAAAUAUACCAAAAAAAGAAAGGUGUGCUGGCAAAAAAUAUAUACCAAAAGGGGACACUGUGCUGGAGUAUUGUGGUGUCAUAAGGACAGAUGAACCACAUCAAAGUGAGGAUGACACAUAUAUUUUUGAAUGUGUCUUCAAAGGCAAACAGUACUGGUUAGAUGCAACGCAUGAUGAUGGAUCACUAGGCCGUCUGAUAAAUGAUGACAGGAAGCCAAACCUGAAACCAAAGAUGGUUCCGAUUUGUGGAGAGCCCCAUAUUUUCUUCUAUGCCAUCAGAGAUAUACAUCCAAGGGAGGAAUUGUUAUACUGCUAUGGAAAUGGUCCAUAUCCCUGGAGAAAUACUACAAAUGUAAAGGACGCUCCAAAUGAUCUUGUAUCCAGUAUACAGAAGGAUAGUAUACCUGUGACAGAAACUGAUGAUACUGCUACAUACAGUUCCAAUGAACCAGCAUCUGACAUUUCUGUCUCAAUGGUCAACAUCCCUGCAUCUGCAACUGAUGCCAGCAAACCAGAUAAUGACUUUUGUUUUUGUUGUUCUAAUAAUGAGACGGAUUCAAUUUACGGAAAUAAUUUCAUUUUUUCCCACAAUUUUUGACAUGUUUUGUUCUUAUC